UUUGUGUGUGUGAGUGAGUGUGUGUGUGUGUGUGUGUGUGUGUGUGUGAGUGUGUGUGUGUGUGUGAGGUUGCUGUAACAAAACACUUUCCAAAACUCAGUUGCAUAACACGGAUCUCCAGUUGCACCCCUCACUUAAGUGUUUCACACUCAAUCCUGCAGCUCGGUCGGACUGGUUUCUUUCUUUUUUUUGCACGCUCCUUAUUCCUGUUUCACUUUCAUAACAUGGCAUUUUGGCUUGUGGUGAAUUCAAACGCCAUCAUUUGUUUCUACUUUUGGAUGGUUCAUAUAGUUUUUGUUUUUUUAUGAACACAUGCUGUGAGUUUAUGUGAUUUUCAGUUGCUUAUUUACACCAGGUUUAAAGUGGCCGCUAUUUUCGUGCAGUUUCGCACAAACGACGGUUGACGCUGUCGCCUAGCAACUAGCAGUCAACAGUACCCGGCCAUUGCUAAGCUAUGAGGCUAACGCGUUAGCAUAUAUGACCUUUUCAACGCCAAAAUAAUGGUUAAACAAGCGAUACAAAUAUACGCUCGGAUUAAACCAACGAAGAAAGCCACUGGGGUGUACUCUGUGGACAAUGAGGAGAUCCAAAAUGCCUCUCUGGACUUUGUGGUGCCCAGGGACCUGGCAGAUGGAUUUGUCAACAAUAGGAGAGAGAACUACAAGUUCAGGUUCCAGAAGGUGUUUGACCAGUCUGCAAAACAAGAGGAUAUUUUUGAAAGCAUUGCCAGACCUGUUGCCGAUAGCGUGCUGUCUGGCUACAAUGGCACCAUCUUUGCGUACGGUCAGACCGGCAGCGGCAAGACCUUCACUAUCACGGGAGGAGCAGAGCGCUACGCCGACCGUGGCAUCAUUCCUCGCACCCUCUCAUACUUGUACGAGUGCUUCAGCCUGGACAGCAGCAUGAUGUACACCACCCAUAUCUCCUACUUGGAAAUCUACAAUGAGAUGGGAUAUGAUCUUCUGGAUUCGCGGAAUGAGGCGUCACGACUGGAGGAUCUACCUAAAGUGAUGAUAAGGGAAGACCCCGACCACAAUAUUCACCUCCAGAACCUUUCACUCCAUCAGUCAGCAAAUGAAGAGGAGGCUCUGAAUCUGCUUUUUUUAGGAGACACCAAUCGCAUGAUCGCUGAGACUCCCAUGAACCAGGCCUCCACGCGUUCCCACUGUAUUUUCACUGUGCACUUGUGCGGGCGGGAGCCUGGCUCUGCCACCCUGCGGCGUUCAAAGCUCCAUCUGGUUGACCUCGCCGGGUCAGAUCGUGUUGGCAAGACCGGCCUGAAUGGGCAGCUGCUGACUGAAGCCAAAUACAUUAACCUCUCACUUCACUUCUUGGAGCAGGUGAUCAUUGCACUGUCCGAGAGGAAUCGCUCCCACAUUCCUUACCGGAACUCCAUGUUGACCUCAGUGUUGAGGGACAGCCUGGGGGGCAACUGCAUGACCACCAUGAUUGCCACCUUGGCUGUGGACAAAAGAAAUCUGGAUGAGUCCAUUUCCACGUGUCGUUUCGCGCAGCGUGUGGCAGUCAUCAAAAAUGAAGCUGUGUUGAAUGAAGAGCUGGAUCCUGCACUGGUCAUCAUGCGUCUGCGGCAGGAGAUCCAGUCACUGAAAGACGAGCUGGCCAUGAUCACAGGAGAGCAGAGAGACGACCAGCUCACUCUGGAGGAAACCCAAAGGUUGGAGGAGAUGGUCCAGGCUUUCCUACAUGACCCUGACCCGAAUGUGACCUUAUCGCUGGGACCAGAUAUGAGAAAGAUCCGGUUCUGUUUCUCUCUGUUGAAGACUCUGAUUCUGGACAAAGGUGGACGAGGCAACUGCCAGGAUGGACGACUGUCACCUGCAGCCAGGGCUGUGAUGCAGGAAGACCAUCCGAGUGCUGCAGAAGUUGUGAAGUUGAAGGAAAUAUUGACACAGCGUGACAACGAAAUAAGCAUCCUGGGAAAGAUGUUGAAGAAGGAGAAGAAGAGAGCUGAGGAAAGCUCUGCUCAGCUCUCAAGUGUGAACAAGGCGGAGAGUCAGUUGGAGCCCAAAGGAAGCCAGCAGGCCCCCCCUGCUGGUCCAAAUGGAUGUGCUGUCCACUUCAUGAAGAGAGGUCCACACUUGUCACAGGGAAAACAAGAAGCCUUCCAGACCUUUGUGAUGGACCACAGAGACCAUGUGACCAUCGAGGAAAACAAGCGCCUGCUUAAAGAAAGGUCGGCUGAGGCCAGAAAACUGGGGGAGCAGCUCGGUGAUGCCAGAAACAACAUCACUGAGCUGAAGAAGCAGUUGGAGACACGACAGAGGCAGCGAGCAGCUCAAGGUGUUGUCCUGAACUCCAGGGAACUCGACGAAGACCCAGUGGAAGAAAACCUACGUAAGCAUAUCGAGCGAGAGAAAACGGGAUACAAGAACAUUGUCAGUCGUCUGAAAGCUCUGAGGACAGAGAUUGAGCAUCUGCAGCUGCUGCUGGAGAGGUCAAAGGUCAAGCUGCAGAGGGACUUCCAUCAGUGGUGGAAGGUGGAGGCUGGCGGUGAGCAGGAUUGCCAGCAGGAGUCCGUCAGUGAGGAGGCGGACGCACGUCACGGGCUGUCACCACCACGAACCCGAUCACCAUCUUCACCUGCCACUCCAGAUGCUGCAUUUGAGAGACAUGGAGGUCGCGAAUCAGGCUCGGAAUGUUCAGCGGACUCCAACCCGGCCUUAAGGUCAGCUCCUCCAGGAGCAGAAGGUCCAGUUCACCUCAGGAGCCGCUCCUCCAAAGACGCCGCGGCGGGUGGCGCGGCUGACCGCACGGCAGCGUGGAGAGGCGGUGAGGCAGCAGAAGCUGACUGUGUGCUGCUUGUGUGUGGCAGAGACCUCUCCAGCACCGCGCUCUCCUCCUCCUCUAUUCCACUGACCGGAGAUCAGCGGGUGGAUGCUGACAUCAUGGCCUUCGUCAGAGCCAGGCAGAAGCUGCUCAGCAGGACAGGGACGUCCUGGCGCUGAGGCGAGGUCAGAGGGCAGCUGUGACAAGCCAGUGACAAGGUGCUGGGCGAGGACUUCACCAGACCUGGGUCCAGUUUCACUGCCGCGACUCAGAAUGGAGCUGCGCUCUCCACUCCAUCUGCUGCUGCUGGUGUCCCACAGGUCAAGCUGGAGGUCACCGGCUCACACUUUGUCCUGAGAGAGUCACGUGAGCACGUGGAGGGAGCCAUGGCUCCUGACUUGGACUGUGACCUGGGACCAGUGCAACCAAUCAAGAAGCGAGGGCUGAAGUCUGGCCUUUCAGUGAGUCCAUGGCAAUAAAGACUCUAUUUUGAAUCAUGCCAAGUAAAUCUGAGCAGCCGUCCUCUCCGCCUCCUCCUUCACUGCUGUGCAGCACUUUCAAAUCAC